CAUACAAAUAAGCUAAUAUCAUCACCAUCAUCAUGUCCUUCAUCAUUUGUUCCAGGAACAUCUUCUCUGAGCUGCUUAAGGGUGACCUACACCAGUAGAAGCAUCUGUUCCUUGAUACCAUCCGAGGACCUGCCUUGCACUACCAUAUAUUCCACAGACCUGCAGGUGAAGGUGACUCCUGACACAAAGGCAGGGAAGAAGACACUGACCUGUAGCACCACCUGUACUCUGACUGACAACCCCACCUACAUAUGGUACAGGAAUGGACAGUCUCUUCCUCGGUCCACUUCCCAACAACUCGCUAUCUGGAGUUCUGAAACAGAGAGUUACUCCUGUGCUGUUAAAGGCCAUGAGGAUCUCCGCUCUCCUGCAGUGUGUGUUCAGGGUCACAACCGCUGGAGUGUGACUUACACCAAGAGGAGAAUCUGUGUCUUGAAGGGCUCCACAGUGAACAUAUCCUCCUCUUACACUCAUCCCACUUGUUAUAUAGAACAAGGUUCAUUCUGGUUUACAAAGAAACACCCUGUAGAUCUCAGGUCAUAUCCAGAGUCUGCAGGUCGUGUGGAGUACAAUAGGAACACAGAGAACCACCACACCAUGACAAUAACACACCUGACAGAGAAGGACUCGGCUGAAUACAAAUUCAGAUUAAUAACAACAUACGAGGGGAGAUUUUCUGGCCUUCCUGGUGUGAUGUUGACUGUCACAGAUAUCCUGUUGGAGAUGGAUCCUAUGUCUGUGUCAGAGGGGGAGAGAGUCACACUGAGAUGUAGAACCCAAUGUACAAUCGGUCUCAACCCCACCUACAUCUGGUACAAGAACGGACAAAGUCUGACCAAACCAAUCACCAGUUAUAACAGCCUGAUCCUAGACCCAGUCAGCAGUGAGGAUGCAGGGAACUACUCCUGUGCUGUAGAAGGCUUAGAGAGAAUCCUCUCUCCAGAAGAGACUCUCACUGUCAGAUAUGGACCAAAGAACACCUCAGUGUCAGUCAGUCCCUCUGGUGAAAUAGUGGAGGGCAGUUCAGUGACUCUGACCUGCAGCAGUGAUGCCAACCCACCUGUGCAGAGUUACACCUGGUACAAGAAGAAUGGAGGUCACUAUCAGUUCUCCUAUGGGAUCACAGGACCACAUCUUGUCUUCAAUCAAAUCAAGUCCUCAGUCACUGGAGAGUACUACUGUGAGGCCUGGAAUGGGAUUAAGACGGGGAGGUCUGAGUCAAUCAACAUCAAUGUGAAAUACGCUCCACAAAACACCUCAGUGUCAGUCAGUCCCUCUGGUGAAACACCUGUGGACAAAUACACCUGGUACAAAAAGAACGUAGCCUCACCAAAAGCAUCAGGACAGAGUUACAGCAUCACUAACAUCAUCUCUGAGGACAGAGGAGAAUAUUACUGUGAGGCCCAGAAUGGAAGAGGAUCUAUGAACUCUACAGCUCUGAUGAUCAUUGUAGCAGGGAAACAGACCUCAGUUGUGACUGCAGCUGUAGGAAUCAUAGUGGUUGUUCUGGUUCUCAUCCUCUGUUUCUCUGGAUUCAUGUGCUUCAGGAGAUCCACAGGAGGAAGUGAUGCCACAGCAGACACACAGAGUGACCAUCCUGACUGUAACAGUGACACGUACACAGCUCUGAACAUGAGGACCAUGUCCCCUGACUAUGACACUCUGAUAAGUGUCCAUCCUGACCCUAACAGUGAUACGUACACACCUCUGAACAUGAAGACCAGGUCACCAGAGUAUGACACCCUGGCAAAUGUGAGGGGAAUCUCCCACUGAAGAGUAUCACCACAGAACCUGGACUGAAGAGAACAACCACAGAUCCUGGACUGAAGAGAGGCACCACAGAUCCUGGACUGAAGAGAGGCACCACAGAUCCUGGACUGAAGAGAGGCACCAUAGAUCCUGGACUGAAGAGAAGCACCAUAUAUCCUGUACUGAAGAGAACAACCACAGAUCCUGGACUGAAGAGAAUCAUCACAGAUCCUGGACUGAAGAGAACAACCACAGAUCCUGGACUGAAGAGAAGCACCACAGAACCUGGACUGAAGAGAAGCACCACAGAACCUGGACUGAAGAGAAGCACCAACAUUGAACCUGGACUGAAGAGAACCACCAACAUUGAACCUGGACUGAAAGUUCCAAUACAAAACGAGGCCUUACACCUCUAUUCUAUUGCUGCCAUAUCUAGAGGUUUUUACACACCAUGAACUUUAUCUUUUCAGUAAAUACUGGAAUAUAUAUUUUGGAAUGGAAUAUAUUGAUGAUAAAUGAGAUGUGUUAUAUUUUGAUGUAAAUCUGUUAACUAUCUUUAGUUUUAUUUCUGAUCUUUUUCUAUGGGAUUUUGCCAUAUACAGAUGUUUUAUAACAUCAAUAGUCCUACUUUCCUCAGCAACUAAUAUGGAUCAUAUUGAAAACAGCUUUUUAAUAUUUUUAGCUCUUGGGCCAAGUUUCUCCAGAUGUUUUUCAUGAUGAUUAACUUUGUAUUGCUGUCAGAUAUUAUUACUAAUUUUAUAUUACGUAAUACAAUAUUGUUCCGUCAUGAUAUAUUUUUUAUUUUCAAAUAAAUGUAAUCAGUCCGUUAUUAUAAUUUCCAACAUUUUGGUAGGCUAUUUGUUAGUCAACUUGUCUAUCAUUUCUAAAUACAUGCAGUGGCGACACGUCAUUCAAGGCAGCUGAGGCAGAGCUAAAUCCGUUUUCAGCCCCAUGGUUAGCUUUUUUUGUUGCUUGUUUUGCAUGUUUUGAAAUUAAUACGUGAAACAUAUCAGUUUGCAAAUAAAGUUAAUAAAUAAAUAAAGCAUUGAG